CCGAUAUCAUAUAUAUGUUUUAUUCGGUGCAUUGAAAAGGUGUCUGCAUUAAUUUUCAAUCAUGACUCACUAUUGCAACAAUAGCAUACAUAGUACAGCCAGAUCUUGAACUUGUCUUAUUUCGUAAUUUAAUUUCAAAUUUUGGAUUUAACCAAGACAGAAUGAAGAACCUUGACGGGCGACCUACAUGCUCAUAAGCCUGCAAACCCGGGAGACUGGAAAGCGCUCGAGUGUUGCACAUGGAUCCUAACAGUACAUAAGCGAUCGAGGAAGGAACGGGAAAGGACUCAUCUACCUCGAAAAGAUUAGGCGAGCAACGUUGCAUUGCAAACCAUCCUCUUCUGUAAAGAUCGCGACGGGGAUUUGUAAGUUUUCGUGAGUGAGACAUUUUAAGGAAUUCACUACAGCCACAAAGAGUUGUUGGCAUACUUCGUCGAAAUGGCAGAACUAUUGAACAUGAAACCGACGUCUGUGGGUGGAGACGGAGGGAAGGAUUCGCAGACUACUGGCAUGGUGAACAGGGGCUUUUCCAACUUUAUGGAUACAGAUCAAGCCUUUGUCGAUGACAAGAAUCCUCAAAAGGCGCAGGAUGCAUUGCAAGGAGAACAGGUUGCUCGUAAGGGCGAGACUAAGAGCAAGAAGAUGCAGUCAGCCAUCCUGUCCGGUCUGCAGUACAAGGUAGACGACAACCCACCCUGGAUCUCCACAAUACUGCUCGGAUUUCAGCAUUACUUGAUGUUGUUAAGCUCCAAUCUAGCCACUCCCGGGCUCAUGGCGUCUAUUAUUUGCGCCGUUAAUAUACCGGAAGCAAUGCACGUGCGAUCUGUGUUGCUUGGAAACAUGAUAUUUGCUUGUGGUGUGUGUACACUCCUGCAGACCUUUUUGGGAGCAAGAUUACCUAUAGUACAGUGUCCAGCAUUUGCGUACAUAGUUCCUAUGCUCGCUCUCGUGAAAAUACCCCGCUGGUCAUGUCCGGCCGCGGCAGAGGAGGGCCUAGUCAACAUCACAGCUAACGGGUCACAGCUAGCGGACGGCGCCGUUUCUAGCGACCAUGUAGAAAGAAUGAACCAGUUGACUGGUUCAAUCAUGGUUGCGGCCCUGCUGGAAAUCCUGAUCGGAGCUUCUGGACUGGUUAGCGUGUUACUGAAGUUUAUCGGACCUCUAACCGUGGCACCGACAAUCAUGCUGAUGGGUCUCUCUGUGGCAGAAACUGGUUUCGACCUCUCGGGGAAGCAUUGGGGCAUCUCUGCAGCAACCAUAAUUUUGAUCAUCCUUUUCUCUGAAAUCAUCCCAAUAUUCGAGUUCAGCAACCCUUUCAGCAAGAACAAGGACCAGAAAAUACAGUUUGUUCUUCAUAAAUUGUUCUCGGUAAUCCUAUCCACGUGCAUCAUGUGGUUUGUUUGUUACAUACUCACCGCUACUGGUGCUCUCCCCGAAGAAGGUCAUUAUGGUUACGAAGCUAGAACCGACAUCCGGUUGGACGUUAUAAAUGAAGUUGCUUGGGUCAGAUUUCCUUAUCCAGGCUACUGGGGAACGCCUACGUUCAACUCUGGCUUCUUUAUAGCUAUGAUUGCGGGUGUUGUCACCUCCGUCAUAGAGAGUAUUGGAGAUUACUACACAUGCGCUAGAUUGGCCGGCGCUCUACCCCCACCGACACACGCCGUUAACAGAGGUAUAUUUGUGGAGGGAAUUGACUGCAUCAUUUCAUCAGCCGUGGGUGCUGGAUUUGGAGUGACAUCAUGUAGCCAAAAUAUUGGCGUCAUCAGCUUAACGAAGGUGGGCAGUCGGCGUGUUGUAUUGAUGGGGGGAUUCAUCAUGGCGCUCUUCGGCUGUCUGGGUAAAUUCUCGGCGGUGGUCGUCUCCAUGCCCGACCCCAUCAUCGGCGCUUCCUUCCUCGUUCUCUUCGGCGUACUUGCCGCAGUCGGGGCCUCCAAUCUUCAGUAUGUGGAUCUGAAUUCCUCGCGGAAUCUCGUCGUGUUCGGUAUAUCUCUCUUCCUGGGUCUCUCCUUCCCUAAUUGGGUCACCGCCAACGAACAGCUCAUUAGAACAGGUAAUGAGAACUUGGACCAGGUGAUCCAGGCGCUGCUCGCCAACAACAUGUUCAUGGGUUGCUUCAGCGCCCUCGUCCUCGACAACGUCAUACCCGGUACUGACGAAGAACGUGGUAUUAUCAUCUGGCGGGAAGUACCCGAGGACACGGACGAAGACAGCGACGACAACCAGGACAACAAUCUCACGAUGAAGACGUAUGAUCUCCCCUUCGGUAUGAAUCUCAUAAGAAGCCUCCGCUGGGGAAAGUACGUACCAUUCUUCCCCACCUUCGAGGGAUUUAAUGAUCUCCGAUGUUGCCCCUGCAAGAAGGAUCAGCCCGAUCUGGAUGAAGUCGAUGUCGUCGUUAAAAACAAUCCAUAAAUGGGCUCACAGAUAUACAGAUAAAGACAGACACCGCAAUCAAUCAAGAGUUUUAUAUUUUUAUCAAAGCGCUGAAGGGAUGGAUGCGGCUCUAUGUUGGUCUUAAACAAUUUACCAAUACAUAGAAUAAAUAGAUAUUAAAGAUAAUGAUCAAUACAAUCUGCUACGUUAUCAAAGCAUUGACGGUUUGAAGCCGCAUGAAUACUGUUAUGAAUUAGAAACCUAUAUUUUGUGUACAACUCCAACCUUUUACAUUAAAUGGCUGAAGUAAUGUGGUCCGACAUGAGUCCUGCUACCAAUUAAACGACUACAAUUCAAAAACAAAUAAUCCACUGAAUAAUGUUGCACUGCUUGCUUUAUAAUUAUAUUCUUACGUAGUACUAAACUUCAUUCACCUAUCAUUCAGCAUCCUAUUGUGUUAAGUCAGGCAUGAUAUUAUAUAUCACUAAUACUUGAAUGGUAUCUUCAUGACUCAAAACUAUUUUUGAAGGUUAUUUCUUUACAUGUUUCAUGCAUAUUUACAUUUUAUUGCCAAAAUUGCACAUUGAUUAUGUUCUUAAAUACAUGUAGACAGAAAAUACUUAUUUAUUUGUUAAAACUCUUAGUUAUACAGUUUAAGUACUACCAGUACUCGCCUGGCGACAUACCAAAGACAAUAUAAAAUGGUACCAGUACUAGCAGUCCUCGCCUGGCGACAAAAUAAAGACAAUAUAA